CCGCUGUGGAUGCAGUCGAGCACGGACUUGAAGGGAUUACCUACUCUCUAGGAUGCGAACAACAGUGUUUCUCUUGCUGGGCCUACUGGCCAUCGGUUACUGGGAGCAGGGAGCUGGUCAUGUGGUGCCUCUACCAUUACCAGCAAGUGGCACCUAUCUGCUGUCUCCCCCGAGCACAGUGAUCCUCCUUGUGCAGCCUCCACCCCCGGAAGAUGAUGGAUCCUACAAGCCGCCGUCGAGCGCCGAAGAUGGCUUGUGGAAGCCUCAGCCUGGCCUGGAGGGCGAAUAUUCCGAGCCUGACCUAAGCCAGAGUGGCAAUGGAAGCGUCACCGGUGUCGCAGAAACUUCCCUGAGCACCGGUAGCUCUGGAUCUGCGGUUGCCCAAGGUGCAGAGGCUGCUCCCGCCGAAGGUGGCGGUGCUGGAGGUGCCGGACAGGCGGGUCAAGUGGGUGGCAUUCUUGGCGGAGCUGGAGGUGGUGGUGGAGGAGGAGGCGGUGGCAGCGCCGGCGGCGGAGGUGGCGGUGGCGGCGGCGGAGGCGGUGGAACGGCCACAUCCGGCCAGAGUGGCGACAACGGACAGCCGGGUGCACCGAGUCCAGCGGGAGCCCAGCCCGAUGGAGAGGAUGGUGCUGAUGGCGCCGAUGGACCCGACGGCCCCGAUGGCUCAAAGGGUGGAAAGGGUGGCAAGGGCGGCAAAGGAGCGCGCAAUGGAGCCGGCGGAGGAGGUGGAGCCGGAGGAGCAGCGCCCCAGCCAGCGCCGGCAGCGAUUCCAGUCCAGGCCGUGUUAGUGCCCGCUCCUGUCUGGGCCGAUCCGGAGCUGAACGUGGUUCAUGUUGCGUAGAUGGAGGUCGACCUUGUGCCAUUUGUGUUAACCCCAACCGGAAGCCAUUUGAGUUCCCCUUAGUCUUAACGCUAGUCAAUGUUUUCGGAGCUCAUACUUACCCUAAGCUAAGGCAAGCGAAUAUUAAAGUUCGAUUACAAACCA